AUGCAGAGCCCCAGCAGGACAAAGUGAGCAGAUCCAGAGCUCCUGGCAGGAUGAAGGUGCUCCCGGCUGUCCUGCUCGCCCUGCUGUUGUGCAGGCAACCAGGGAGAGGGCGGGCACAGGAUGAGGAUAAUGACGACUACUUUGGCUAUGACGAGGACGAUGAGGACGACAAGGACGACAAGGAUGAUAAGGACGACGAGGACGACAGGGAAGACGAGGCAGGCAGCGGCGGCAGAGGAUGGCUGCAGUGCUACUCCUGCAAGGUCUUGCAUGAGGAACAAGACUGCAAGGAGAUGCGGAGCUGCCCCCUCAGCCAGCCCUUCUGCAAAACCUUGAGCUCCCAGGGGAAUACUGAGUCGGGUCCUUGGACUACCUACUCCGGGUGGUGUGCAGACACAUGUAAACCUUCCACCAGAGAGGUAGCCGAGAUCCUGAUGACCACAACCUGCUGCCAGACCACCCUGUGCAACAUCCCACCUUGGCAAGGCCUCCUGGCCAGGGGCGCAGGAGACCCCCAGGGCAGCCCUGAAACUGUGGCCGCCGCCUUCCUUUUCAGUCUCCUCACUGGCCUGUGGGCAAUGGCGUCCUGACUGUGGCCGCCCCGCCCGUGUCCCCCCCGCCUGUCUUGUACCCUGGUGGGCCAGCACCCUGUCCAAUCCUCCCCCUCCUGCCCCUCUCAUCACCAGCAGCUCUGGAGAAUAAACUUGG